AUGUCUCAAGGCUUAUUUUGUAAUUAUCCUGAGUUGGCACGAAAAGGCGGUUUUACAUUUCAUGAUGAUAGAUUUGAAGAGAAAGAUAAACCGAUUGAUUGGAGAUUUAUUGCAUCAAUCGAUACAACACAAAUAAUCAAAGAUUCGGAUUUUGAGAAAUUAGAUCAAUGCAUUCCAUUUCUUAUUCGAUCAUCAAUUGGAAAUUUACUCAAUGUUAGAAUCUUAGAUCCUGCAAUCGCAAAAGUUUAUAUUUUAUCUCAGCUGUGUCUACAAUAUUUGUUAUUUUGUACAAAGUUUCUUGAUAAAUCAGUGUAUUCACUUCGAGAAAAUCUUUACAAUUAUCAGAAGAAAACAGUAAAACUUGAAGAAACGAUAACAAAGCUCGAAGAGGAAAUCGAACAACUUCACAAAAAAUUAAAGCGUCAAGAUCAGCUUAAUCAUGCAAUCUUUCCUUGCUCGCAGUGUACUAAAAAUUUUCUAAGUAAACCACUUCUUGACAAUCACAUGUUAAGAAAACACUCUCACAAUUCUAAAGAAUCAAAAGAUAAGGAUGCACACCUAAUUAGUACAAUUAAACUUGAAUUAGAAAUCAGUCAACUUAAAGAAAAGCUAAACAUUGCAGAGAGCGAGCUGAUGGAAUGUAAAAAGCAACUUGAUGAUGACUGCGAAAAAUGUCGUGAACGAUCAAAACGAAAUUUUCAAAGUAUUGCGAUACAAAGUAAUUUGAUAGAAGAGAAGGAAAUUGAUGAUGUUGAAAAGGAAACAAUUGUUGAAUUGCUAAAUAAUCAAAACAAGAAUUUUGAGAGGUGGAAAGCUAAUGAAGAAUCGCGUUACAAAUCCGAAAUCGAUGAACUUCGCAAUAAAUUUGAUGAAACAAUAGAAACUUUGAAGAAUUUUCAGAAAGAACAAUCACCAAUGCCACCAUUACCGAUGCCAAGGAAUCGUGUUUCCUUAGAAAGUUCAAGCACCAUUCAAGCUUCCAUGAUGCAAGGCACAGAUGAAAGUUUAUGGAAAACUCGUUUCCAGGAAUUAGAAAAGAAAUACCAGGAACAAAUAUCAUCAAAAGUUUUUAACAUUGAAAGAAUGUAUGAUGAGAAAAUUUCAAAGAUUGAAGCAUCAGUCAAAGAUUUGAAGGAAGAGAAGCUGAAAAGCAAAUCAAUUGCUGUCCAAAAUUCCAUCUCUACUGUACCAAUAACUCCAAAUGUGAUAAAAUCGAUGAGUUCUCAACCGACAUCCACCGACACUUCUUAUGAUUCCGAUCAGACAUCAAAUGAUGAUAUCGGAGAUUUAAAAAAACAAUUUACAAAAGGAAGAAAUAAUUUUCUUUCUCAUGAUUCUUCACCGCAACCUUUUAAAACUCCUCAUGAUAAGAUUAUUGAAGUCAAGACACCACCAAAGGAACCAGAAAGCUCCAAAGUUAAGAAAACUUUCAGUGAUCAGAAGUUUAUUUUAAGCUUGAAAAGCCAAAAACCUUCUGGUAAAGUGGAGAGUAAGCUGCAACUGAAGAAACAACCAACAGGAGAAGAAAUUUUAAAACAGCGCAUGAAAACUCUUGGACUUCAUCACAAUCAAGAAGGUAUUUCACAACCAGAGUUUAAUCGCGUUCAUACUCAAUUAGCCAAUGAACGAGAUGAAAGCAAAAAGAAGCAUAAAUUGUUUUUUGUUACUAGAAAGAAACUUCAAUCAAAAGUCGAUAAGAUUUUUCAUCAAAAGAUGACAAUAAAAGAAAGAAACGAUAAAGAUCAUCAAUUGAGCAAUGAGAAAGCUAUCAUAAAUCACGAGUACAAAAUGCAACAAGUUAAUAAUGAAUUAUUUAAAAAGGAUUUAGAACGAGUUCUUGAAAAUAAAAUUUUAAUGGCAUCAAAACAGAACAAAGAAAAUGAAAUUCCACUUCCAACGAAAAAGAAAGUUCUGUUUAAUCUUGAUAAGCCUCAUGAUCAUAAGCAAGGCCAAAUUGUCGAUAAAGAGGAAUCGAAGAGUGAAGAUGAAUCUGAUUUCGAUGUCAGUAGUUUCUCAACUGAUGCUUAA